AUGCAACAGCCCUCUUUCCUCGAGAUGCUGUGCAAAGUUCUUCCGCUUUCCAGCUUUGAUCUCUUCCGCGAACUCAGCCCACUCCUUCUCCGCCUCUUUCGUCCUCCGUAUGUGCUGCUGUGUGAUCCAUCUUGUUUGCCCGACAACGCCUCCGCUAGCCGUAUGCAAGAAACUGAUGUCACGUCGUUGAUGUGCAGAGCCCUGUCAUUAAGGCACUGUCCGAGAACUAGCACCAUUCCAGGGUCGUUGACACAUAACUUGCUCGUGCAAGUAGAACACCGCCAAGUAUUGUAUUGUAUCAGAGAUGCCUGCAUCGCGUCCGUCGAAGUAACAAGGUGGUGUGCCGAACGCCUUUAUCACCCUCCCUCCGUCAGGAUCCAAACAGCCCUUAAGCCCCGAAAGGAGAGCCUUGAAUUCCCCGCUGCUACAUAUGACUUUGAAUCAUUUCUCUCCCAGGCUACCCCGGAUGAAGAAGUGGUACUCCAUGGCUAUCUCGGAGUUCGUAAGGAUCUGUCCAAGAAGCUUGCCUUCGUGCGCUUAACAGACCCUACGAUGCGCCAUAGCAUCCAGCUAGUCUCGCUCGCCAAGAAUGGCGCAUUGGAAAAGCUCAAAGCUGUGAGAGCCAACAGCCCCGUUGCUGUCCGAGGAAAGGUCAAGGCGAAGCAGGCGAAAGGCUCCGAGAUGGAGAAGACCGAUCCCUGGGAAAUUCAGGUUGAUGAUAUUCGGCCACUAAAUGACUUCCCAAAUGAUAUCAUAAUGAAGUCCGAUACUGUUUUUGCCCCGAAACAGCGAUUCCUACAGCUGCGUUCUGACAGCGAUUUGCGUGAUGCGCUGCGAUUCCGCGCUCAGGUGCACAAUGUCUGCAAGGAAGAGCUAGAACAGUGCCGGCCACCGUUUGUGGAAAUAGAGACGCCUCUUCUGUUCAAGUCGACACCUGAAGGUGCUCGUGAAUUUCUUGUCCCAACAAGAAAGCGUGGCUUGGCAUAUGCUUUACCUCAGAGCCCGCAACAGUAUAAGCAGAUCUUGAUGGCCAGUGGGAUACCAAGAUAUUUCCAGUUCGCGCGCUGUUUCCGUGAUGAGGACCUCCGUGCAGACAGACAGCCGGAGUUUACGCAGCUCGAUAUGGAAAUGUCUUUUGCAACCGGGGAGGACGUUAUGCGGACCGUGGAAGGAAUCAUACGCAGGCUGUGGUCAACUUUGAUGAAAGACCCUGCACCAUCCGGCCCCUUCCAAAGGAUGUCCUACCAGGACGCCAUGAGUCGCUAUGGUUCCGACAAGCCUGAUACUCGGUUCGGGAUGGAGAUUUCGCGAAUUGAGCACCUCCUUCCAGUGGAUCUCGUCAGCAAGAUCACACCUCUGGCCCUCCCUAUUGUUGAGGUCUUCAGACUCGAAAACAACGACAAUGACCCCGCCGCCAUGUCCGAAUUCAUCUCGCAAUUCCUUGACUCUCCAGCUGGAGUACCCUUUAACAACAACCCAGAAGGUGGCCCAGGCAUUUUCGUGUACGACGCAAAGAAACCCUUAUGUGGCUUACAGCCUUUUGGUUUCGAGGCAGCCGAGUACCUAGAAGAGCUACUCGAGCUCGACCACGGCGAUCUCAUCGUAAUCCAAGCCCGUGAAAAGGCCCCCUUCUCCGGCGGCUCGACUCCAAUUGGGGACCUCCGCCGCGCCCUCCACUCCGCAGCUGUCACCUCCGGAUUCAAGCCUGCCCCCACAGGCUUCGACUUCCGCUGGAUAGUCGAUUUCCCGCUCUUCUCUCCCUCCAGUGACUCGGAGCCCGGCCAAGGCGGCGCAGCCGGAAUCUCAUCCACGCACCACCCUUUCACGGCCCCCAAGACUGCCGCCGACGUCGACCUCCUCCUAACAGACCCCACGAGUCGCCGUAUCCACGACGCUGCAGUCCAGGAGUUCAUUCUCCGAGAUAUUCUCCAGAUGCCCGCCGAGCGGUUAGCGGAUUUCUCCCAUCUGUUAGAAGCUCUGCGAGCCGGAUGCCCGCCACACGCGGGCUUGGCUUUGGGAUUCGACCGUCUUGUCGCCGUGAUGCUGGGCAAGGAGUCUGUGAGGGACGUCAUCGCAUUCCCGAAGAUUGGCAAGGUUGGUGAAGAUCCGAUGGUUAAGGCACCUAGCGCUAUGACCAAGGAGACAUUGGAGACAUACCAUCUUCAACUCAAGGAGUGA